AUGACAGUUGAUACAGAAAUUGCAAGCAACAAACUUCGCAAUGAAGAGUUCAAAAUUUGGAAGAAGACUAUUCCGCUUCUUUACCAGCAUAUUUCCACCAUGAAGCCGAAAUAUGCUAAUGCAAGUAAAGGCACAAUCAAGGAUGUUCCAUGUUGUUUGACUUUUUCUGAUGAAGUAAUACCAAACAAGGCCAAUGGGACGUUGUCGACAGUUAUAUACUAUGGUAUCGGUAAUGAGAUUUACAGCCUAGAUUGUGACUUACCCUUGGGUCUACAUUUACAAAAGGAUACCCUUCAACCCAAUGAAAAGUUACAGUUGCCCCAAUUUGAUCAAAUAGUUAGCAGAAUACAAUCGGAGGAUCUAUCUCCCAAAUGGAGAGCUGCAGCUAAUUGUAAUAUAUAUAAAAUCAAGUGCGUCGGAAAUGGCAAAGUAGUGGCACUGCUGGACAGUGGUGCUAUCGUAUGGUUCCAGGAGAGCACUGAAUCCCCAGUGUCCAUGGUCGAUGGUGGUGCCAAGAUAAUACCUAACAAAUAUGAGCUGGAAGAAGAUUUUGUUAAUGAUAGCCUGAACAAGAUUGAUUUCGACUUUGACUUAUCAUUGAAUGGCGAGAAGAUUAUCGUUAGCCAGGCAGUACUAAAUGAAGACAGGACAGUUAUCAAAGUAUUUUCCAAUAUCGAUAAGGACUUAGGAAAGCUCCUAAUUAGUCUUGAUUUGCCAGGGACCAAGUCUGUCCAUAACAUCAAAUUCUACAAUGACAAUAUCUUUGGGUUUUGCGAUAACUCUGGCAACUUAUACUUUUACGACUCAAGAAAUCUAGCUACACCUAUUUGGAAAAUUGAGAAUGAGCACAUUCUCUCAUUUGCCUUUUCCCCAUUGGUAGAAACUUUACUAAUAACAGGAGGUGCGAACGGUAUCAUUAACUUCUGGGAUGUGAAGAGACUAACUGUGAAGACUGCAACCACUGGAGGCGACAAACGUCAAGAAUCACUUUUAUCACUCAGUAACCACGUAGAAGAGCCCAUUUCAAGCGUUGAAUUCUCAGCAAGUUCUCCUUCUGAGUUCAUAACCGUAGGUAUAUCAGGAAGCAUAUAUCACUGGGAUGUCUUUAACUAUUUCGAGAAAGUUUCAGAGCUGUUCAGUGAGGGAGGUGACCAGAGCGCAAUAGACUCCCUAGAUACCGAGGAAAUACAGGCCGAAUCUCUGACAUUUUACCAUACUGGAGGUUCCCGCAGACAUUUGGGAAAAUCCACAAAGAAGAACAGCGUUUCCGUUCACCCUAUAAUUGAGGGUCUCAUAGGAACUAUAGACACUGACGGUCUGAUAACCGUAUAUAAGCCAUUCACAGGUGUAUUGCCUGAAGCAGAGGACAGUUAG